UCGUGAGGGAUUGGACUGCUGAGUGGGACCUUUCGUCCUAUCGUUUCUUAUAACAGGAAGAUUGAAGCCGGAGGCAGUUGAUCAAAAUGCCAGAGGAGAUGGCGAACGGUGGGAGGAGGCUCGUGACACUCGACGACCUCAUCGAUGCCUUGGAUAAGCGCGAGAGAGCGUCGAGCAAUGUCCCAAAGGUUGACACAUUCCAUUUUAAAGGAGAUCGGGUGUCCGAUUGGCUGAACUUGAUUGAGCAGGCGCUGGUGGGGUUGUCAGAUGAAGUUAGAUUCCAGCGUAUCAUGAGGUACGUCCUCCAUAGCCACCAUCAGGAGGUGGGAAGGGUGGUGGACGCCGCAAAUGGCAACUGGGUAAGGUUCAGGGACCUGAUGCUAAGGAAGUACAGGUUGGGGGAUGGGUUGUUGACCAUGGCGGACUUGGAAGCCAUGAACAAGAACGACUUCUCCAUGAUAGGGGCGUUCGUGCACGAGUUCAAGAAAAAGACGAGGAAAGUGCACGGGGUUUCGGAGGAGGCGCAGUGCGCCACAUUUCAGGGAUUGCUUACGGGCUCGGAGGCCGCAGAGUUGACAAAGCAUGGGGAAGGGAGUGAGAAGCUCACCUGGGCAACUAUAGACAAAGGAGUGGAAGAAGGGAGCCUGGACCAGGUAGAGCAGCACCAGAUGCGGCUGCAAAGACGUAAGAGGAAGGAAAGGGAUGCUACCGCAUCCGGGACCCCAGGGGUGAAGAGGAUCGUCACGGACGUGUUGGCGGCGCUGGGGUAUGACAAUGAGGCGGAAAUACAGAAAAGAGGGGUGGCUGUGGCGCAAGGCCGGGCGUCAGGGGCAGUAGAUAAGGAGGCUGGGCGCGAAGACUACGGCGGAGAGGAGACGGGUUCCCAAGCCCUGACUAAGGCCCAGAGUAAGCAGCGCAACCUGCUGCUGGGAGGGAAGGGAUCAGGGAAGGGACAGGCUCCCCAAGCCAUUGCCGCACCGUCGCCUGUCGCCGCAGCCGCGCCAGCGCCAGCAAGACCAUCGCACAUGGGGCCGCCACCAACUUGCGAACACUGGGAGGAGGAAGAGGAGGGUGAUGACGAAGAGGAUGAGAGGCCCUGGCAGGAGGAGGACCGGCGAGUCGAGCAGAGGGCCAAGAAGAGAGGAAUUCAGGGAGGGGCGGAGCCGGGCCUGCACGACGGCGUGCCAAAAAGGAAGAAGUACGCAGUCCGGCUGGAGGAGGGUUUUGAUGUGGACCGAAUGGUGGAUAAGCUCCUGGAGGGUCACAAUGAUUUGAUGAAUUUGAAAGACAUCUUGGCGUCGGCACCAAGGUUCCGUGGUGAACUAAAAGGGCGACUCUCACGAAGGUUAGUGCCCAACGUCCACCUGAACACGAUUUUGCCCAGGGAGAUAGAAUGGACAGAGGCGGGCACCAGGAUAGAUUGGAAAUGUGUGGCGUGUGGGUUGGUGGAUCUGAAGGAUUUGCAACGAUUGAAUGCAGUGACGGUGCGGGACGCGGGAGGAUUGUCGAACGCGGACGCCCUGUCAGAGUCAUGCGAAGGAAGACCUAUAAUCUCACUUAUAGACCUUUAUUCUGGGUAUGACCAGUUUUCCGUAUACCCGCCGGAUAGGCUGGUAACGGCAAUGCAUACGCCAAGGGGGCUAAUCCACAUGAAUGUAGCCCCUCAGGGAUGGACUAAUGCGGUGGCGAUGGUGCAAAGGCACAUGAUUAGGGUGAUGCAGACGGUUAGUCCAUAUAUCACCCAACCCUACAUUGAGGAUUUGGCGGUCAAGGGUCCAAAGGAGAAGGAGGGAGACGAAAUAAUGCCAGGAGUGAGGCGGUUCGUUUGGAGGCAUAUCCAGGAUAUCGAUCAGGUUCUGGGUCUGCUGGAAGAGCACAACUUGACGGCGAGCGGCCCCAAGUCGAAGCACUGUAUGAGGGAGGCCACGAUCCUGGGCUUUGUCUGUAAUGAGAAGGGGCGAAGGCCAGAUGUGAAGAAAACGGACAAGAUCCUAGAGUGGUCAGUCCCCUUUCAGUCAAUAACGGACGUGAGGAGCUUCCUUGGGACCUGUGGGUUUUGGAGGAGUUUUGUGAAGGACUUCGCCACCAAGAUGGAGCAUUUGAGGAAGCUGGUGCGUCAGGAUCAGGAGUGGGUCUGGGACGAAGACCAGGAAAAGGCUGUGGAAAAGAUGAAGGGAGAGUUCAAGGAAGGAGGCUUGGUGUUGGGAGCGCCAAAUUAUGAGGCCACGGAGGAAAAGUCAUUCGUUGUCGAGACGGACGCUGGGCCAACUGCCUUAGGAGGGGUCUUGAUUCAGGCAGAUGCGGAUGGGAAGGAGAGGCCGCUAAGGUUUGAAAGUCGUACCCUUAAUACGACUGACUACUCUCAGUUUAAGAAGGAGACGUUGGCGGUACUCCAUUGUUUGAGGACCUUCCGGAACUAUAUUUCUGGCAGGAGGCUCAUUUUGAGGGUGGACCCUACUACGCUUGCGUGUUCCCUGAAAAGUGAUACUCCAUCUGACCCAACCAUCGCGAGGUGGUUGACUUACAUUUGGAUGUUAAACUUCGAGUUGGAGAGGAUUCCAGGGGACAAGAACAGGGAAGAUGGGCUGAGCCGUAUCAACUGGGACAUGGCGAAUCAGGAGUCAAUUGAGGACACCCCGCCAGUUGACGGAUUCUUGGAUCAGGAGGAGGAUGUCCGCCUCCACAUAAAUCAAUGGUCCUUGAGGGUGCCUAGUUGCGUCACGCAACCCAUAUGGCUAGCGCCAAGGGGGUACGAACGAAAGGAGGAAUUGGUCCUCAAGCCUUUCCAAGAGGAAGAUCCGUGGGGGAAUAGGGAUGUUGGCUGGAUGAUGAAGUUGGCAUCGGAAGCUGGGGAAAAUGGGUGUAAUUACAUCUUCGAUGCACGGGAUACCCUUACUAGGUUUGUGGAUGGUCGGGCUAUCUGGACGAAGACAGACCCAGUUUUGGCAAAUUGCAUCGAGGAGUACUACCUGCGCUAUCCCUUUGUCAAAGAGUUCGUGGUGGACCGAGGUUCGGAAUUCACCUGUAAUGAGGUGCGAACCUUGCUUGCGGGGUAUGGCGUGGUGGUUAACUACACUACAGCCCCGCACCUGCAAGCGAACGCACCUGUGGAAAGGGGGCACAGUACCAUCACAAACCUCUUGGCCAAGUGGACGGAGGGUAAGCCGGGUCAGUGGCCGAAGUUCCUGCGAGCGGCUUUCUUUGUGGAAAACGUUACAGUAAAAAGGACUACCAAGUAUGCGCCAGCCACGCUAUGGUACGGAAGGCAUGCCACCUUUCCCAUAGAAAGUUUCAUGAAGACGUGGAGGCGCCAUGACCUGGAAGUGAACCUGUCUUUUGAAGAGUUGCUCGAUAUUCGGGCACGGCAAGUGGGAGCUGCUGAGGAAAGGUUGCGAGAAGCCGCUAGUCAGGUAGAGAGAAGCCGCAUGGAAGAUAAGAUGAGAUGGGACCAGAUGACCCAUGUAAGAAAGGAUCCGCUGAAAGUUGGAGAUGCGGAUCUUGGGAUGAUAGCCGAGCCACAGGGGCAGGUACGACCUCGGACUGAGGAGGUGAUCAUGGUUGGAGACGAUACCCCUCCAUGUACCCUAGUCCCAGAGUCAGCGCAGCAGUCCUGGCCAGAGGGGGUUCCUGAGCCAGACAGUGAGGAGGUCCCAGAGCUUCAAGUUCCCCCUGAGACCGCCGCUACACCUGAGCAGGAGACCGAAAUGGAGGAUCAGGGGGUGCGUGAGAGAGCGAAGGGGGAGGUACUUCCAGACUUGCCUUUGGCCACGCAUGCGACCGAGAGCCUAGUUAUCAGGGGACCUUCUCUAGCGGAGCCAUCGCCAGCAUUGCCAUGCACGAGCGAGAGGGUGGGUGCCGAGGCGUCGACUCCGGAAGGCCAGGGGCCGCAAGUGAGAGGAGCCUCAAGAGAAACCCGCGAGGAGAAGUCCGCCAGAGUGCGAGCCCGUUUGGAUGAAAUACACGCGAGGCAGGCUGAGAUGGAGGCGGUCGGGAUAGAGCCGACGCCGCCGGUCGAUCCCAAAACAAGCGAGCAGCGGAUCGAUGAGUUGUGGGCGAGGUACGAGGGCCAGAGGGACGCAGGCCGCCAAAGGUCACAAGAGACGGAACAGGCGGACGAGGAGGUGGGUGAGAUGAGGGAGAUGGGGGACUUGGGGUUCUCCGCGACUAGGACGGCGAUUGAGCGUGUGGAUAGGAGGAUAUGUGAGACGGCAGUUACAUCCUUCCAGUGGUAUAGUCUACUCAACGAUGAGCUCAGGGUCAUAGAGUUGGAGGUGGAGCACCUGACUACUCAUCUUGCCGAGGAGAGGGCGAGGAGUCAGGCCGGAGAGGCUUCGCCGGGUCGGGGAGCAGCGGUGGAGGCCCCUCGACAGGCCGGGCCAAUGGGGGAGGUGCCUCCGGAUUCGGUUGAGGAAGGGGGUGGCGCCCAGGAGUCACUUAUGGCGAUGUCCACGGAGAGAAGAGGCUCGCGUUUGCAUGAGCUGGCAGCAGCCAUGGGGAUAGGUACUCCGCAGGAGAGGCCUCAGAGGCUUGACGCUCCAGACUACGCCCCAGAGUUGGGAGAGUUGAGGGCGGAGUUGGGCUCCUGGGCAACAGGGACGGACUCAGGAGAACCUGACUCAGGACGGCAGCGGCAACAGGAGGUCAUGAGCGAGCAAGCAGCCAUGGCGGGCCCUCAACUGUUAGGAUCAUGUGGGGAUGUGGUUGCGACGGAGAGGCCUCACGAGGAGGGAUCCCGAGAGUUGGGCACGCCAGACCACGAGCCAGUGAGCACUGCCGUGCGAGGAGGUGAGGAUGCUGAGGCUGUGGAGUCCGAACCUCGGGGCCAUAUGGGGGUACCAUUGUGUCACGAGGUGACCACUGAGACCAUGGGAACGCCCUCAGCAUCGAGUUCCCGGGGGAGAAAGAAGAAGACUGCCAGGUGGCACGACACCUCUUGCUUUUGGUGCAAGAAGGAGGGGCAUAGAGCCGUGGACUACCCCGAGAUCCUCGAGGAUAAGGCCGAGGGGCGAGUCGCGGAAUUUAACGGCAAGUUCUAUGACAGACAGGGUAGGAUAGUGGAGCAAGCUCCAGAUGGGGGCCGGGCCCAGUUAUACAGGCAGAACCAGGAGGAAUUGUGUGAGUAGGGGUUGGUCUGUCUAUGUGUCAGUAGGGCCAGAGUAUUUGGCAUGCAGGGUGCGGGUUGGAGGUGUACAUAUGCUGAG